AUGGGUAGAAACCUCUUUUUUGCACAACAAGAUGAGAUCGCCAAAGAGAAGCGCCGCAAACAACUGGCAGAAAGCGGCUAUGUGUUUGGCGCUCAUGCAAAGGAGGAUUCCAUCCUAGAUAAGGAUAAAAGGAUACCCAAGACCAAGAAGAUGUACUACAACGCUUUGAAUCUUUGGAUGAAAUUCGCUGAAGAGCAAGGUGUUGAGGGCUACAAAAUGGGGCCAGGCUGUGCGACUCCAGACCAUACAAUCAUCAAAGAAUUUCUGCGCUGGUUGUUUGGUGGUUUCGAAGAAAGAAUGCAGAUAAAAAUCGUGAUGGAAGAUCGGAGUGAGGUAUUCAAUUGGAUAAGGAGAACAUUGUCAGGAACGGAAGGAACGGUUGAGAACGUCGAGGAUCCAGACCACAGCUUCACCAAGAAGGAUUUCCUCCGAAUGAUAUCGUCUAUGUGGCAAGUGGAUCAUCGCAGAUUCAUGCCCGGAUUGCUCAAGGUCAUCAUCAUGUUAGCUCUCCAAUUAUAUCUUUUCACCGGAGCAAGGAUUGGAGCUUUUAUACCAGCCCACGAAGAUAGAGACCAAAGAGGCCUGCGAUAUGAGCAUAUCACUCUGGUUUUGUUUCCAUCCUCUACGGCACCUUGGAAAGUAGUCUGGAAAGUCAACCAAGUCUGGCUUAAAGGGAAUCGAAAUCCAGACUACACGGUGUUCGGGAUCGGUAUCCGUGACACUAAGAGACCACAGUUUGCGUCUGGUUACAUUCUUCUAGCUCUUGCCCUCCAACACGGUGCUCUAUUUGGUGUCGAAACGGUGGAGGACUUGGCUAGGUUUGACCUUUCAAGUGGACAGCCUAUUGAAUUACGCUGGAAGGAUGAAUAUCUGAAAAAGCCUGUUCUCAGAAAUGUCACAGCUGAUGGUCCACAAGACGUACCACUCACUAAGGAGCGGUUCUGUGAGUUAUUACGUGGAAUAGUCACGACCGCUGGAUACAACAAGAGUAUAACGGUUCACAAGAUCCGAAAGAAUCUUGGAAGUGUUAUUGAAGGAAAGUAUGGUUCUGCCCCUGUAUCUCAAAUAUACGGACACAAAGAUGCUGGGACAUAUCCUAAAGACUAUUUAUUACACUGCUCUUCGAUCGAUACAGUCUCAGCCGUUCUGGGAGAGGAAGAACAGUCGAAUCACAUCGAAUACUUCCAAGGGUUUGAGAGAUUUUAUGAGCGUGGACUUCCGGGGGAACUAACAGCAGAAAUUGAGGCGAGCAUUCUGCAGACGCCAGAACUAGUCGAUACAAAACAUCGGAUCGAACAACUUGAGUCCUCGAACGGCGACAGAGAGUCCAUAGCUGCUGAAAAGCUGAGCUACAGAAAAGCCUUGCUUCGACUACGCCUUGCAGGGCUAAAGGAAUACCAGAACCGCUGGAUACGAGAGAGACGAGACCAAAGAAUUCUCAACCGGGGCAAAGAAGAGCCGGCGUUUACUGAGAAUGACGUUUGCACGCGGGCUCAAUCCUUACUUAUGCCAGAGAUUGCCCGAAUUUCACCAUUGAUGUCUUCUGACAGGGAGCUUUCCUCCGAUGAAAUGCUCCUUUUCGUGGAGGAUCUAAAAACACAUUGUGAACGUGAUUUUGAUGUGGCAUAUCUUCCACGCGAAAGCCCCAUUCAAGGUCAUUGUCCGGAUGAAGCUUGCCUCGAAGAGAUGAAAUGUCUAAAAAAGUCCGACAGAAGUGCUCAUAUUCACAAGUGUGUUCGACGUAAGAUUGCUUUGGAUCUUCAGGUCGCUGAAUCAGAGUUGAAAUUUUGUUACGAGUGCAUGAAAUGGAUACAGUCAAUUGAAUGGCGGGAACAUUGUAGUUCCCACCUCCAGUCAUGGAGGACCCUGCACUGUGAAGUCAUUGUAUACCGCCACACAGUUAUUCGACCCGGCUACUGCCCCUUUUGCUUGUGGAACAUGGGUUCCUUCGCAGAAGACCGAUUGAAUUAUUGGUUGACAACUACCAAUUUGAAGCGACACAUUGAAGAACAACAUAUGCUUGAAAGCCAGUGGCAUGGGGCGAAGCCAAUAUGCGGCUGUGGCCAAACUUUCGACAAUGAGCGCGGCCUUCGACAUCAUUUGCACGACGCCCACGGGAUAAACAAAGCCAUAUGGUUAAAUCCGAAGACACCGAGAAAGAGGAAGCAUACUUGCAAGGUGGAAGCACAAAGUCCUUCAACAGAGCCAGAGCCAGAGGGGCAGUGCUUCAAGAAACUCCGCUUUUACCGGUAUCCGCCUCCGCGUCAUGAAAAUGAGUAUCAAUUGCUAGACAAAAUUUUCUUGUCAGUACCCACAUUGCAGUCGUUCGUCGAGGAACAUCCAGAGCGAGAUUACGGUUUGGAUCCGAGUAAUCGGUCAACCAAAAGCAGCACAAGUAGCUCAGUUGUGUCUUGCUUUUCCGCAACGAGUUCACCUUCCAGCUCGCGGCCAACGACUCCUGGACUGGAAGUUAUUGAUCCUCGAAUCCUCGAACCCUCUGAGAUUGGCGAAGAGCGUGAAGGCCAGCCUUAUGAUCAUAUUUCCGGGCGUGUAAAACCACCUAAGAUAUCCAUGGACAGGCAGGAGAUCGGGAACAAAUCAUUAGGUGCUAUGCUACGCACACCGUCCCCCGUACAAAGCCUUACCAUUCAGCCCACCCUUGGCUUUGAGAUCAAUGAUCCUCGAACCCUCCGCACUCCUGAUCACUGCAUUGAGGAUGCGCUUCCACCUUGUAAGAGCAUUGCAAGCCAGCUAAAUCCUCUCAAUAUAUGCCCGAGUGAGGCUGAGGCCAAAACAAUGUCACCCAGCGACAUGAAAGAAUCGCAGUGCCUUUCCCCAAGCUUUGUCGCAAGCAAACCGAUCGAGGGGAAAAAGACCUUGCGAAAAGACAAUCUCGCCUUCAUGUCAAGCAUUAGCCAGUGCUCUACCAUGGAGCAUAAGUGCGAAAUCAAUGGUCCUACUCAAGAAUUACGCGAUAAAAUGACGCGUCGUGGCGCGGGUCCGGUCAUUAGCCUGCGCGGACCACUCACUAGAGCCCAGACAAAACAACGGUCGACUCUGCAUUGUCCGGAUGAUUUGAAAAAUUAUAAGCCACGAAAGAAACUCAAAGCAGAAGAAAGACGAAAGCUGCAUGAGUUCAAGGGUCAGAAUUGGACUCUGAGGCAAGUUGGACCUCAUUUCGCGGAUAUAGAUACGCUCUUUCUGCGGCAAGCUUGGAUGGACAUCAGGCUUCCUCAGCGAUGCACCAGAUCACGAGCUUACCGGAAAGACAGCUGA